CCCUUGAUAGAAGAUUCACAUCUUCAGUCUAUAAGAAAUCAAUUCUGUGUUAUUAACCAUUUAACAAUGUACAACACUGUGAAGGUAUUAAGUAUUUUGUCUUUCUUCGUGUUGACCCAGGCUGAUGUCCAUCAUCACACAGCUUGUAAUACUGUUGGUUCACUGAAAGGAAUAGUGGACUCCGUAACAGAAUUAGUAGAUCUGGCUAGAGAGAGGAUUUCUACUUUAGAAGAUGUAUUUUCUACAAACACACUUGAACGAACAUUUCCAUCGAUUCUUAAUGACAAACAAAACCAGACAAACGGAGCCUUUCAACAAUCUCUUUGCGUGACACAGACGACGGAACCUCUACCAGAAGAUUGUGCCAGUAUUUAUAAACAACAACUGAACCGAACCAGCGGUGUCUACAAGAUUCAGCCACGGUUUUUGAAUCAGUCGAUCUCUGUAUACUGUGAUAUGGAGACAACAGGAGGAGGGUGGACGUUGAUCCAAAGAAGAGGAGAUUUUGGAAAACCAGUUGAAAGUUUUUACAGAUCGUGGGAAGAAUACAAAAAUGGUUUUGGAAACUUAACCAAGGAGUUUUGGUUAGGAAAUGACAUCAUCUUCUCGUUGACCAAUCAAAACAACAUGGUGCUCCGUGUUGAUUUGGAAGACUUUGAAGGAGCUCAAAGAUAUGCAGAGCAUGAUGAGUUCUUAGUACGAAGUGAAAUAGAUCUUUAUAAAAUGAGUUUCAAGACGUACAAGGGUGACGCGGGAAAUUCUCUCGCUCACCACAACAACAUGAUGUUCAGCACCAAGGAUAAAGACAACGAUAAAAACAGCGACAGUUGUGCUCAAACCUACAAAGGCGGAUGGUGGUAUAAUAAAUGUCACAGCACAAACUUAAACGGCUUUUAUUACACAGUAGAUAAGGUAGACGCUACAGGUAUUACCUGGUAUGAGUGGAAAAGUAAAUAUAGCACAUUAAAGACAAGCGAGAUGAAAAUAAGACCUGUGGAUUUUAUUAAUGAAUUUUAUCUGAAUGUCAACAGACUUGAAUCAAAUGUAAUGACGAGAAACCCAUAGUUUGGAGACCCUUUUCAAAAUGUUGCAUAUUUGUUAACUGAAAUAAAUACUUCAACCAAAUACACACACACAUAUAUAUAUUCUGGUGGAUCUAUAUAUCUCUUACUUUGAUCUAACAUGUUCAACAGAAACUAAUAUGUGUGUAUUAGAUUUAAAUAGUUCUGAAAUAAA